GUGUACGUACGCCUUGUCACGCGCUCAAGUCGGCAAAGUCGGUCACGCGGCCGGCCAUUGAAGCAAACUGGCCUUAAUCUACUCAACGCCCACUCCUUUGCCGGAGGUGCAUCGGCUUGGAUCGCCUCUUCAGGCAUCAGGCGACCCUUUUGACCGUGGCAUGGAUGACAACGCGCGAAGGAGGAGGCAGAACGAACCGCCUAUAAAUGCCACCUCGAACUCAAGAUAUCCGGUUCACGACCCAAAUGCGCAAAGGAGACCCUACGGCGCGAGUGCAGGCGCGACUGACAGGUAUCGCCCUGCGCCUCUGAAUACAUCACCGUCGACGGCACGAGGCAUGGGAGGAACGGCUGCCUACAGUGGCUACUAUCAGGAACCGGCCGCGGCGUUCUCUACAACCAUGCCACAGAACACAAUGCCCUACCAGUCCGAAUAUGGACAAGAUACGAGGCAAACACAACAAAACUUCGGUGCUUACAACGCUUCAAUGAUGUACAACGUACCGCAAGCGGGCGCGCAAAAUGCUGUUUACGAUGCGACUCAACAGUUUCCAUCUCGGCAACCUGCAGCAAUGCAGAUGAUGCCCGCGGAUGUAGCCGCGCCCUAUUUCCCGAGCGAACCAACGAACUCGUCUACUGCGCCUGGUCUGCAAGCACAGGCGGGAUCCUCAGGCACGUCUGCAGUAUAUCAACAAAGUCCUGCAGACCAGCGUGCCAUGAUUCACAAUUACCCCAGCAAUAUGGCGUCAAUGAGCGGAAUGUCACAGACGAGUGCGCCGGACCAGCCCAUGGCAGAGGAGCAGGAAUAUACUGCUUCGGCAGAGAUGGGCGAGGCCUACGAACAGUACCAAUCGGCUCUCAAGGAGAUCUUCACAAAUGUGCGCAAUGGAUCGUUGGUGGCAGCGAGUGAGUCGUUAUUGAACGUGUCUGACUGGCUGCUCUCCAAGGUUUCCGAGUUGGGUCUUGUUGUCGACAACCCAGAUCUUCACAGCGAUCGCAUCAAACUUUGGCACGACUUCAACCAUGCGUGGCUUGCAUUAUUUCAGAAGCAGAAGGAGUUGGCUGAGUCUGGUGUUCCGCCUCAACGAGGCCAAAGCGUCAUCUCAGAGGAGGGCUUGAAAAAGAUGGGCAAAGAACUGGUGCGGCUGUGUGACGGAAUUGAGCGGCAUGGACUGGUCGAUUACGAGUACGGUGUGUGGGAGGAGCAUAUUGUGGCGAUCAUCGAAGAAUGCCUGGACCUAUACGAGAACGACGACGAGGCCGGUCCGAGUUCACAAUCCCACGCAAACCCUGCUGGCAGCAGCAGUCACCACGGCUCUCGAUAGGCAAAUAUCUCGUCACCUCACACAAAGCGAACAUGGCGGGAGAAUCUGGCUGCAACGCUACGAUUUCAUUCCCUUGUACUAUACUGUCGCGGUCAAAUUGGAUUUCGCAGACAUGGAUUUUCAUUAGGCAACAAUUCCUCUGCAGCUGGGCACUACUUUUGGACGGAUCCUCUCGGGUCCACCACGUCGAUUCAUGUCAAGAGGGGCACUGGAGUUUGAGGGAUUAUGUGGC